AUGGGUAGGAAGAUGCCAACUCGGUGUAGCCUGUGCAAGAAAGACAAUGAGACUCUUAGCCACAUCAUAUGGCAGUGCAGAUUUACUAGGCAUAUAUGGGCAUGGGCAACUGGAAUUUUCAAUCUGCAACUAGUUGAAGACCUUGUGGUUUCUUACAAAGUUGUAAAAGGUAAAAGCAGGACAAUUAAGGAUAUGUGGAUUGUGACAAAUCUUGCAGUUACAACGGAAUUAUGGAAGCUGCGUAAUAAAGCUUUUUUUGAAGGUGCGACAGUUAAUUGGCUUGGUUUCAAGGGCAGAGUUUAUCAGAUAAUUCGUGAUAACUCUAUUAGAAUCAAGGGCCAUAUGUUUAAUAAACUUGAGAAUUUGCGCAUUCUGAGUUAUUUAAAGGUACAACGUAGAUCGUCCAAGAAUUCCACACCUGUUGAGAUCAGUUGGUCUCCUCCCGAACAUGGUGAGAUAAUGAUAUGUUGUGAUGGUGCUGCACUUGGUAAUCCAGGCCAAGCUGGUGCAAGUUUUAGUUUUAAAGAUGCUAACUCAAGAGUACUCGGUGCUUUAUGUGUUGGCCUUGGAUGGCAGACUAAUUUUUAUGAUGAAGUCUAUAGAGAGGCUAAUUUUACUGCAUAUAAUUUGGACAAAGAAGCAUGUUUAUUGGCUGAGGAUAUUUAUGAAUUUUAUGAGGGUAGGCCAAUGUGCAUUCCGGUUGUGAAGUGGCCUGGCGAAGUUUACUAUCAUUUCAAAUAG